ACCAUCACAAUCAUCAUGGCCAGACCAGCGGGCAAGCGCAAGUCGGACAGCGCUCUGCCCACAGGCAAGGCGAAGCAGCGAAGAAAGUUCGCAUCCAUUAGGGGAGACGCUCCCGAUUCCACAGAAUUGGAAGAGCAAUCCAACGAUGAGCUUUUCGUACCCGAUGAACCUGUCGCAGCGAAACAUGUCAAGAAAAGCAACCCCAAGUUUCGAAAUUCGGAGCCAGCACGCCUGGGUAGAACCGAGGAGUACGAAGAAGAUGCGGGACGAUCUGAAACCCAGCAGUUCCUCGCUCUGGUUGAGCUAGAAUCCAAGAAGAAGAGACAGGCUGCCAAGAAAUCUAUCCAGUAUCUGGAGGCCUUCAAGAAGAGGGUAGGGGAUGAAGAACAGGCGUUGAAGGCAAACCUCCAGGACCUGAGCGCCGCUGCUGCAAAGAAAGAUGGCGACUUCAUCAACGCGUUCAAGGCUGCGUAUAGCUUGGCGUCCCCCUUCCAGCCACCAUCUACGGAGGCCAACCCACCGGGAGAUUCAUUCGCGCAUCGUGGUUUCGCAUCCAUGUACAGCAAGAGCAAGGAGCUAACAGCGGAGGCUCUGGGUCUUGUUGCCCGGUUUGAUCAGGUCGCUCAGCGGGUUGCGGAGCUUAAGCCAACCGGCCUGAUGGAGAAUGAAUGGGCAGAGGAGGAUAGUACAGCGGCAGAUCUCCUUGCCAUCGGAAAGAGGGUGGGUAUGAACCGGUACCAGAGCAGCUUGAUGGCUUCCAAAGAACCGCCCAUGGACCCCGAUGCUACACAGGCAGCUGGGUUCUUGUACCAGGGCAAAAGGCCUGGCAUCUGGGGUAAGAUUGCCAGAAAGCAGGAAAAGGCAACACGGAAAUUGGUCGAUGGCCUUGCGGUGGAGACUGAUUGAUUGAUGGAAAGUUUACUUUUGCUCCCUUGCGGUACUAUUAACUUGCUACUUGGGGGCUAGAAUGCAUAUUCGGGAAGACACUUGUUUGUAUUAAGCUACGCAACAUCUCGAGACAACAAUCAAAGAAACUGUAUAAAGAAUCCUAGGAGUCUUUGAUAGAGGCAAUACCUCCUCCACCUACCCGCAUAUAUAGAUUGUACUGUAUCAAGAUAUGAAUGCCAGGAAGAAUGGCUGCAGAUUGACUGACUGACUGACUGAUUGAUUGAUUCAUUCUGCCCCCUCCAUGGCUGUCCCUCUGUCCCUUAAACAUUGCCAUCAUUAGUCGUUCCUGGUGCCUGUAAACUAUCCUCUGUGGUGCCCCCCUAUUUCUC